GCAUCAUUUCGUUUAGCACCAUCCCCACCACUGAUUCACAAUGGCUUGCACUAAGCUUGUCUCCCUCAGCUUGAUUUUCCUCUUCAGCAUUGGAUUAGCAAGCGCUGCCAGGGUAGUAAGAUACUCUAGUUCUCAGGGAACCGGCUCCGGAGCGGGAGAGGGUGGUGGGGCAGUGAAUGGAGGCGGUGGAGGAGCCGGGAGUGGUCAGGGAGCUGCCCAGAGUGGAAGUGGUGGAGUCAGUGCAAGUGCUUCCGGCGGCGGUGGCGGCGGUGGUUAUUCACAGGAUGGAGGUACUGGGUUUGGGCGUGGGGGCGGAACUGGCUCAAGCUCUGGCCAAAUGAGCCAAUCUUAUGGUGGUUAUGGCGGAAGUUCAGAUGCUGGUGGUCAGGGUGGCGGCGGUGGCGGUGGCAGCAGCGGUGGGGAAGAUGACGACUGCCCUGCUGAUGACUCGGCUGGUUAUGGGACCGGUGAUGGCACCGGAUCUGGCUCAAGUGAAGCAGAUAACAGUGGUGGCACGUCAUACUCAAACGCAAAUGCUUCAGGUAACGGUGGUGGCUCGGGCGGCGGUAAAAAUGGUGGAACUGGUGGUGGUGCAGGAAAUGGCAACGGUUACGGCAAUGCAAAUCCUUAAAUUCUAACCAUGCUAUCAAACUAGAGCAAGCCCAAACCAUCUUUCACCUUUGUCUCUCGUGAUAUGUUUCCUGUAUCUUCUGUACGCUACCAUGUAUUAUGAUUUGGGAGCAACAAAUAAAGGGCUUCGUUGUAUCGGA